UCUAGUGAUUUUCGUUUCAAUCGUUUUGAGGAAAUACCAGCAAAUGCUUUCGAUGGAUUAACACAGGUGACUACGUUGUUUCUGAAUGAGAAUGAGAUUUCCUAUAUACAGGAGGGAGCUUAUGGUUUAGUCUCAUUGCGGUUCUUGUAUUUGAGCUCUAAUCGCAUUAGCAAGUUGCCAAAGAGUAUCUUUCAAAAGUUGCAGCAAUUGGAGGGAAUAUACCUGGAAAACAAUGAUUGGCAAAUUGAUGCAGAUACCUUCGCCAAUUUACCACGUUUAAAUCGAAUUUUUCUUUUCAAUAAUAAACUGACUAAUCUGCCACCAGAUGCAUUUACACGUUCCAGCUUGAAACGCCUACGACUAGAUGGCAAUCCCAUCGACUGUAAUUGUGGUAUUUACUCAUUGUGGCGCCACUAUCAACAGCAUCCCCAACGACAAGUCAUCACCAUUGCUUUGACUUGUGAGACACCAGCAACAUUACGUCAUGGAUUUGCGAGUCUACAGGAAUAUCAUUUUCAUUGCAAAAAACCUGAAAUAGUACAGGCACCACAUGACAUGCAUUUAACAACAGGUGAAACAGUUGAGUUGCCCUGUCGCAUGGUGGGCGAUCCAGAGCCUGAAAUAAUUUGGAUGCAAAACACAAAUGAAGUUUCAACAGACUAUUCACCUAAAAUGCAAAUAUUGUCCUCAGGCACGCUCAAAAUAAAUGCGGUAGACUCAAAUGAUAUUGGUAUUUAUGAGUGCAUAGGACGCAAUGAAGUUGGUGAAACACGUACUCAACCCAUACGUAUGAUGGUUGAACAAACCCCAAACCAAAACACAAACUCAAACAAUCGAUACGCUCCAACACAACAUGGGGAAUAUAAUAGUAACAAUGAUAAUAAUCAACUGUGGAAUGUUCAUCUAAACCAAAAUAACAGACAGAAUACCGAAUUAAUUCGCAACAUUGACAACAGCAACAGAAACAUUCCUCGCAGUAAUAGCAACGGUAGACAAGCUUAUGCACCAUACACAGCCUCACCAUUACAUCCUGCCAACGGUCUCCAGCAACCACCCACUUUUGUAUACACACCCACGGAUCGUAUUGUGGCCCUAAAUGGCGAUGAUGUACGUUUGGAUUGUAUGGCAACGGGCAAUCCAACACCUGACAUCCAAUGGUAUUUCAACGGACGCUUGGUUGCACAAUCAACUGAUGCACUACGCAUCCAAACAAAUGGUAGUUUAGUUAUUGUUCAGCCUACUCUACUACAGGCAGGUGUAUAUCGUUGUGAGGCCACAAAUCAUUUAGGUACCAUACAGUCUAGCGCCAAUAUCGAAGUAAGAGAAUUACCUGAAAUACUGAUGGCGCCACAAAAUCAAACAAUUAAAGUUGGUAAAAGCUUUGUAUUGGAAUGUGAUGCGGAUGGUAAUCCGAUACCAACCAUAACGUGGCAAUUUAAUGGUGAAGCAAUUGUGGCCAACGAGCAUCUGGUGUUGGAAAAUGAAAAUACGGAAUUGAUAGUAAAUAAAGCUCAGGAAUCUGAUACAGGCAUCUACACCUGCAUUGCAGAAAAUGAAAAUGGUCAUGCGACAGCCGCUGCCACGAUAACUGUGGAAAAAACACAUAGUGCACCACAUUUGGUUAUAGAACCUUACGAUCUGGAAGCUUUCACUGGCACAUCCAUUGAGUUGCCCUGUAAAGCAGACGAAAGCGAGGGCAUACAGAUAACUUGGCGCAAGGAUGGUCGUAUUAUUGACCCUAAAGUUUUACAGACAGAUAAAUAUGAAGUUAUCGGUACAGGCAGUUUGUUUAUUAAAAAUGUCACAAUUUUGGAUAAUGGCCGUUAUGAAUGUUCGAUUAAAAAUGAAUUUGGUCGGGCUACCGCUUCGGCUUUAGUAACAAUAAGACAUAAUGAAGAUGUAGCUCCGGGAGAUCGUUAUGUACGCAUUGCUUUCGAGGAGGCAGCAAAGGAAAUUGAUUUGGCCAUUAAUAACACCAUAGACAUGCUGUUUACAAAUCGCAAUCGUACUAGGCCCAAUGGCGAAAGAGCACCGCCCAACUAUGGAGAUUUAUUGAGAGUAUUCCGUUUCCCCACCGGAGAAGCCAGACAAUUGGCCAGAGCUGCUGAGAUUUAUGAAAGAACUUUAGUUAAUAUCAGGAAACAUGUGUUGAAGGGUGACAAUUUAACUAUCGAAAGUGAUCAGUAUAAAUUUAAGGAUCUUUUAUCUCGAGAACAUUUGCAUUUAGUGGCCGAAUUAUCGGGUUGUAUGGAACAUCGUGAAAUGCCCAAUUGUACGGAUAUGUGUUUCCAUUCGAAAUAUCGUACACUAGAUGGUACUUGCAACAAUCUGUUGCAUCCCACUUGGGGUGCUUCGCUAACUUCCUUUAGACGUAUAGAGAAACCUAUAUAUGAAAAUGGUUUCAGCAUGCCUAUAGGUUGGACUAAGAACAAGUUGUAUGCUGGUUUUCCCAAACCCAGUUCAAGAUUGGUUUCUACUUCUCUAAUAUCCACCAAAGAUAUUACGCCAGAUGAUACCAUUACCCAUAUGGUGAUGCAAUGGGGUCAAUUUUUGGAUCAUGAUCUGGAUCAUGCUAUACCCUCGGUUAGUUCUGAGAGUUGGGAUGGUAUUGAUUGUAAGAAAACUUGUGAAUUUGCUCCUCCCUGUUAUCCCAUUGAAGUGCCACCAAAUGAUCCUCGCAUUAAGAAUAGACGUUGUAUUGAUGUAGUACGUUCGAGUUCGAUUUGUGGUUCUGGCAUGACUUCGGUGUUCUUUGACAGUGUUCAGCAUAGAGAACAAAUUAAUCAAUUGACUUCGUAUAUUGAUGCCUCACAAGUUUACGGUUUUAGUGAACAAUUUGCCAAUGAAUUGAGAAAUCUUACUACCGAUGAUGGUCUCUUACGAGUGGGUGUGCAUUUCCCCAAUCAACGUGAAAUGUUGCCAUUUGCUGCUCCUCAAGAUGGCAUGGAUUGUCGCCGUAAUUUGGAUGAAAAUCAAAUGAGUUGUUUUGUGGCCGGAGAUAUUAGAGUUAAUGAGCAAGUUGGUUUACUGGCCAUGCACACCAUUUGGAUGCGUGAACAUAAUCGCAUAGCUAAUGAAUUUAGACAUGUAAAUCCUCAUUGGGAUGGUGAUACUAUUUACUUUGAGGCCCGUAAAAUAGUGGGCGCAGAAAUGCAACACAUCACCUAUAAACACUGGUUGCCCUUGAUUAUUGGCGAAAGUGGUAUGGCCAUGUUGGGUGAAUAUAAGGGUUAUGAUUCUUCUAUAAAUCCCAGUAUUGCUAAUGAGUUUGCUACUGCUGCUUUGAGAUUUGGUCAUACUAUUAUUAAUCCCAUAUUGCAUAGAUUGAAUGCCUCAUUUGAGCCUAUACCUCAAGGACAUUUGCCUUUACAUAAGGCUUUCUUUGCACCCUGGAGAUUGGCCUAUGAAGGUGGUGUAGAUGCUAUAAUGAGAGGCAUGUUUGCGGUACCGGCCAAAUUAAAAACACCCGACCAAAAUCUUAAUACCGAAUUGACCGAAAAACUUUUCCAAACUGCCCAUGCUGUAGCCUUAGAUUUGGCUGCUAUUAAUAUACAAAGAGGUCGUGAUCAUGGCAUACCCGGCUAUAAUGUCUAUCGUAAAUUCUGUAAUCUUACUGAAGCCAAAACUUUCGAUGAUUUGGCUGCGGAAAUUAUUAGCAAAGAUGUAAGAGAUAAAUUAAAGGAAUUGUAUGGUCAUCCUGAUAAUAUAGAUGUUUGGGUAGGAGGUAUUUUGGAAGAGCAAGUUGAGGGUGGCAAAGUGGGUCCUCUAUUCCAGUGUUUGUUGGUAGAACAAUUUAGACGUUUGCGUGAUGGUGAUAGAUUCUAUUAUGAAAAUCCCACUGUUUUUCUGCCUCAACAAUUGGAUCAAAUUAAACAGGCUAAUUUGGGUCGUGUACUCUGUGACAAUGGCGAUAAGAUUGAAGACAUGACCGACAAUGUUUUCAUUUUACCCAGCCGCCAGGGAGGUUAUAAGAAAUGUGAGGAUAUACCUGGUAUUAACCUGUAUUUAUGGCAAGACUGUGGUAGUUGCAGUAGUUUACCGCCACUCUUCGAUACCUAUGUACCACAAACAUAUACACACAGUAGAAAUAAGAGAUCUCUUAAUACAGCAGAACAACCCGAACCUGUGGCAGCAGAAGCCAAUAAUCAUUUAGAAGAACUUUGGGAUAUUAAUGAGGAAAGAGUAGGUGGACUAGAGGAAGUGGUUAGUAGUUUCCAAAAAGAAUUGAAAAAACUACACAAGAAAAUCCAUAAACUAGAGGAAUCUUGUGAUAGUUCUAACGCCAACGCCAACACCAAUGCCAAACCAACCAAACGUAAUCAUUGUGUUGAUGAUAAUGGCACCACACGCUUAAACAACGAAGUAUGGACACCGGACUAUUGUACCAAAUGUGAAUGCCGACGGGCUCAGGUUACUUGUACAAAAGAGAAAUGCGGUGAAGUCCAUUGUCUACCGGGCGUAGAUCCCAUAACACCACCUAUGGCAUGUUGUCCCCACUGUCCACCCACUUUUAAUAAAAACUAAGCAAUUGAAAUCCCAAUUUUUUUUUAU